AUGGCUCAUGUUUCUCUGAUGGAUCUGGGAGUUCUACUUUUAAUUGGACUAGCAGCUGUCUUUGCAAAUGGUUCUUCAGCCCCCAGUAAAGAUGUUGUCGAGAGGAGAGAGUUGGAGACCACGAAGAUGAACUUGGUCUCCAGGCCAACCACAGUGGGUGUGGUCAGCGGUGUGGGUGUGGCCAGCGGUGUGGGUGUGGCCAGUGGUGUAGGUGUGGCCAGCAGCAAUGGGUCCCGGAACAUCACUGAGGCGCGGCGUAGAGACAAGCGCUGCACGUGUUACAGCUACAGAGACAAGGAGUGUGUCUACUACUGUCACCUGGACAUCAUCUGGAUCAACACACCAGAGUGA